GCCACAACCCGACGCAAGCUGCGGCCCAUAUCGUACCAUUUAUUAAGUUAGUUACGAUUAGGGCUUUUUUCCGCCAUCUCAGUACCCCAACAACUCUCCCAGCUACUGCUGCUGUAACAUCUUCCAGCGGAAGCGCCAUGGCUUCAGAGAAGAAAUUGAGCAACCCCAUGAGAGAAAUCAAGGUCCAGAAGCUCGUCCUCAACAUAUCCGUCGGUGAGAGCGGAGAUCGUCUCACCAGAGCAGCUAAGGUCUUGGAGCAGCUCAGCGGCCAAUCCCCUGUUUUCUCCAAGGCAAGGUAUACUGUGCGGUCUUUCGGAAUCAGGCGUAAUGAAAAGAUAGCUUGCUAUGUAACUGUCAGAGGGGAGAAAGCUAUGCAGCUACUUGAGAGUGGAUUGAAAGUUAAGGAAUAUGAGUUGUUGAGAAGGAACUUCAGUGAGACCGGCUGCUUUGGGUUUGGUAUUCAGGAGCACAUUGAUCUUGGAAU